GGGAGGAGCUCCGCUCACAGCCGCGGCGCGCGCGGCGGUUGGAUUCGAACGGCGGCCAUGGACGGGGAGAUCUCCCGCAUCCCCGUGUUCAGCGGCUCUCACCGGCCCGGCCAGGCCGCGGAAAUGCAAAUGACUUUUCCUUCAAAGAAACAAUGCGUUAGCAAAGCAAUGGAUCUAGAGUUCAACAAGGAUCCCAACUUUAACUUCAGCUCAAACGUUCCAGCAGAUGGUGUCUUCAAAGCUGCAAACCAAGGGUUGCCUAAAUCUGCCAAGAAAGUGGAACAGCCUUCAAAAAAGACAGCUACAAGAGGACCUCCCAACAGGUACAAACUAGAAGCAGAGCUGAAGACCAAGAAUCAGCUGUUAGAAACAGCCAAACAACAGCUACACUCUCGACUAACAGCAGCACAGGGCACCAUAAAGGAGUUAAAGGAGGAGAAUGAAGGCCUGGUGCAAGAAGUUCAGAAGCUCAAGAAGUUUCAUGAGACUUGCAUGGUGAUUUUGGAAAGCAGAAACAUCGAUCCUGUUACAGGCAGCAACAUUUUGGAGGAGGAGGAGAAGACAGAAGAAUGCCGGAACCAGACAAGGCUGCUAACGGAGAAGCUCAUCAAGGAGCUGAGGCAGUUUAAUCAAACCGCUGCACAGGAGAAAGAGGCGCUCCAGAGAGCCAUGGUGAAGUGGGAAUCGGCUGAAAAGGAGAGAUGCCGCUCCCUGGAGAAGCAUUCCUCUUUCCAAGCAGAAAUCAAGGAGUGUUCAGCGAUACUUGAUGAGAUGGAGCAGCUCCUGACAAUGUGAGGCCCAAGGGUGGACUGCACUGCCUCUAUUUUUUGGGUGGUUUAUUCCUUGUUCAGUGAUUUCUGCAUCACACAAAGCCAAUUCUUGUGUUUGAGGGCUGCUGUGCUCUGGUGCGGUCACACCUGCUGAUUGGCUGCUCUCAGGCACCCACAGCUCCUGUUUCUGCACCUGCAGCAGCUGGGGCCUCACUGGGACCUUUUCUUUGAUGCACACCCUGCCUGUCUGUCUGUGUGUCUGUCUGUCUGUUAUGGCAUGUUGUACACAUGAGCGGUGUUAAAUCAUUAAAUGUACUGGAA